AUGGAUGGAUUAUUAUCACAUUCAGCUGCGUCCACUUGCAGAUUAUGGUGCGAAGGGACAUGUAGUUCAGUUAUUUUUGGACUCCUUGUCAGAAAGCUCAAUGUCUACGGUCUAUGGCCCAUACCCAAUGCAGAAAUCCUCGUUGAAUCUCCAUUCCAACUAUACAAAGUCAUCCAAUCGUCAUUUGACCGGGUGCGAACAACCCAUCAAGCUAUGAAAAUCCCUCAUAUUAAAUCGAUCUGCAGGACGCUUUCUUUUCGCUAUCGGGUGAAAAGCGCAUACAUUCUCCGGAUGACACAAUUGUGCUUUCGAAGGGGCUCGGAUCGUGCAGUGGAGGAUCUGGGACUCUUGGAUUUUCCUGGAGAUUCUUCUAGCCUUCCUAGGAGUGGCCUUAGAGCUGAAAUGGUGGGUAUUUUACGGAAGCAGCAGGAAGCUCAUGGUUCACAUGAUUGGAUGAAGGAUUAUACUAAAUUUGAUCUUAUUUUGGAGCACCUCUCUGAGUGA